AACUCUUUUUAUUUAUCAGGUUUCCUUUCAUCAGUCAGGCCGACACAUGUACCUGUUGUGAGAUUCUGUUUUCUUAAAGCUGCUCUGAGAGGCAUGUCUGAACAAGUGCAGGGACAGUCUAUCCAAAGAAGCACCCUGAAGGUCAUGUCUUCAGGAUAAAAGCCUGUUCAUUUCCUGGUCUGUGGAGAGCAGAAGAAGGCUCCUGCUGUUCAGCACAAAGCUUCCAGGCCUCCUGAGGCUCGUUUGAGUCUCCCCCGCAGGCCUUGUAUAGCGCCUCAGUCCAGUCCCCGACGAUGCGGAUGUGGGCAGUGAAGUAGUCCUCCUCAGGGGCCGAGGUCAGCGUGAACGGGUGCCACUCCAGCCUGGAGACGGACGGACACUGGAUGAAGACGUACUGACCCACCUCCAUGUGGAAGCCCUUCCUCUUCAUCUGCAGCUCCAGAGUCUUGGAGGGGUGCAUCACCACCUGAGGGACAGCCGUGGAAAACAAGGCCGAUGAAGAAGAUGACAAAGAGGUGGUGGGUGUACCAGAACACCUCGAAGUACGACCUGCGGAUGAUCUCCAUGGAUGAAGUGAUGAUGAGGAUGAGAGCCAGCGUGAUGGCAACGCCCGUUAGCCCAGCAAUGGUAGUGAACAUGACGAUGAUUCCCCCUCCAGGCGCAGGGGAGUCGACAGGAGGCUGGUUAAGUUCUGAGACUGGUGGCCCGAAUCCAGCUGGUGUUUGGCUCAUGACGUGGGACCAGGUGGAGGAAAAUCUCCUUACAGGCAGGGAGGAGGGGUAGAAAUAUUCAGCGGCGGCAGUGAACGCAGCACUCCUCUGUCAGCCCCACGAGCGCGCAGCAGCUGCUCCACCGGCUCCGCGCGCAGCACACCGACAACACCGGCUGCUUCGUCCGGAUAUCGGCCGGUCCAUGGUCCUGGUCCUGGUCUGGGUCUGGUUCUGAGUGGUCCCUCUGCAGGAGGCUUUAAAGAGGCAGCAGGAGGAUCUCCAAGCGGUUUAUUUACUUUGGAGGUGGACAGAAGGCGGCAGGAUGCUGUGGCUGCUCCUCUCUCUGCUUCCCCUGCUGAGCUGCAGCAGGAUCGUCACACAGGACGCCGCUUUCAAAGACGAACACAGCCAUGUUGAUGUUGCCGUAACAACAAGGCCUCUCAUCUAUUACUGCCGCUCGCCCAACAUGGAGGACUUCAGCUGCUGGUGGCAUCCGCUCGACAACCUGACAGACGGAGAGCAGGUCACAUACGUUCUCAGCUACUCCAAAGAUAAAGGACCCAAACAUGAGUGUCCAGACUACGUGACCUCCGGCCCAAACAGCUGCCACUUCGACAGCAGCCACACAUCUAUAUGGAAGAUCUACUGCAUGAACGUGACCGCCAUCACCGCCCACAGGAACUACACCUCUCAGGAGCACUGCCUGGACGUGGCAGAGAUCGUGCAGACGGAAGCUCCUGUGAACCUGACCUACAUGCUGAAGGACGCCGGCGGGGAUGAGAUGGGACACAACGCGCUGCUGUCCUGGACGUACCCGGUGCCCUCUGACCUGAAGUACGGCUGGAUCACGCUGGUGUACGAGCUGCAGUACAGACGAGUGACCGAGCCCGACAACUGGAAGGUGAAGCACCCCCUCAGAGAGCCCCAUGUGGAGCUGCUUGGUCUCCCAGUCGGAGACUACGUGGUCCGAGUACGCUGCCGCUCACACAACUACGGCCUGUGGAGCAAAUGGAGCUCCACGCUGCUGAUGAGCAUCCCCACCAGGCCGCCUGCAGGUAAACUCCUGGUGAGGAUUCUGGUGUCAGGGGUUGGUGUCGUGGCUCUGCUGGGGAUCGCUUUUGGUAUCAUCCCUCAGAGCAGGAGAAUAAAAGACUACUUCCUGCCACCCAUUCCAAAGCCGAGGAUCGUUGGCAUCGACCCGCUGCUGCUGAAGAAGGGGAACUUGGAUGAAAUCAACCGGCACUUCAGUAACUUCCACAGCUACCAACCUCCGAGCUAUACGGAGGAGGUUUGGAACCAGGUGAGCGCUGACGACGUCUAUCUCACCACACCGAGGGACCGCUACAUCCCUGCUGCCCCCACCGACAGAGAGAAGGAUGCCCUGAUGGUCCUGAGUGACCUGACGCCUGUAUCUACCCGUCAUCCAUUCACAACUCCAAACCCAACCUCAUACUUCCAGAGCCUGUCGCCCUACUGCUCCUCCCCCCCAGAAGCCUUCGCCCCAGCACUGGACCUCCCCUCCCCGUGGCCUCGGCCCGAGAUUGUGUCUCUGCCUGGGACAGAGUACAGCGUGAUGGGACACCCCGGCCUCCCCAAUGUUUUCACAGCUUCUGACACCACUGCCGUCUCCACCAACCGCUCCCCGCAGGAUUUCUACACCUGUGUCCAGCUCAUGAACGACAGCGGCCAGGUCCACCUGGUGCCCUGUCUGCCGCCAGCAUACUGUCAAGAGUUCCCUUCCUUCCCGAGGGUCGACUCAGACUCAGAGGAGAAGAAGAAGAAGCUGGCAGACUACCAGGCCAGGGCGAAUAUGGUGAACCGGCAGAGAGAUGGCGGCGAGACUGAGAGGAGCGAGGCGGCAGACCCUCUGCUGCCUGUUUCUGUGGAUAACAGGGGCUAAACAGAGGAUCUGAAAAGACACAGAUACUGUGAAAACUGUUGAAACAUGGAGACUGUGUCCAUGUUCAGGAGAGAAUCUGCUGUGAAGACCGGCUCCUGUCUCGUUCACUUCUUACGAGAGGACCUGGUGAACCUUGAAACACCCAAACGUGACAGACUCAACAGAGCAUGGUUUCAAAGGGUUCACUCACAGACAGGAAGUCUCUUUGGACCUUCUAUGGUCACCUGCUCAGAGACAUUUAUACUUGGGGACCAGGCAGGUUGAUUUUAAAGCUGAGGUAUGUAACAUUUGAUGUAAAAGGCCAAAUAUGAUAGAUGUAAUAACAGGUGAGUUAUAUCUUACCGUACUUUUAAAGCUGGGACCGCUUUGACCCGUUCAGGAGCGUAAAGGAGUCAGGAGUCCAACAUGUAGGAACUGCUCCAGGAGACUGCUUCACCGGCUGCCUGGUCAGAGGCAGUCCACUAACAGUUGUUGUUUUUGUCCCUUACAGGCUCCGGUUGUUCUUAAAGAGUGACAACAUUAGAGAAGGGUUUCCUGCAGAGAGAGAGCUUUAUGUUGACGAUGUGUUCCUCUCUUCAAAGCCACCGGACUCUAUUCAGAAGAACAACUUUUUACCUCACACAACACAGGAGCUGCUGGUCUACCCGGGCCUUGAUUAGUCCAUUUCUCUGUGCACUGGGAUACAACACUAUCUGGGUAAAACACAAGAGCACAAACAGACUAACAGGACAGCUGAUUGAUCCUUCAAUCAUUUCAUUCCUGUAUUUGUCAGUGGAGUCUGGAGUGUUCCUGGUUCCAGUAAAUCCUCCUCCUCUUCCUCAUAAAGCUCUCUCUCUCUCUCUGUGGGGAUCCUCUCUGUAAUGUUUCAGACUCUUAGAAUAACAACCUGAGCCUGCCAGGGACAAAAACAACAACUGUUAGUGGAUGCAUUUGUCAUCAGAGAUGAUGUUGCAGCCAUUACUACACCUCCAAAGCGUUCUGUCCCUAUAAGUCAUUGACACCACAGGAUCAAACUUUGACCGAGCGCUCCAUCCCGGUGUUUGUUUUGAGAAAGGAGAGAUCAGCAUCUUGUUGUUAUUUAGCCCUUUCUUUGUGUGUUUCAAUGUGUUUUAAUAUUUAACAUAUUAGCCUUACCUCUUCCUAGUUUAAGUGUUUUUACAACAGUCAAUAAGCUUCUUUAAUUUCCCUCCCACUUUAAAAACAGUUCAGGAUUAUAAAGCAAACGUCUUUAAAUCACCAAAUCUCAGCUAGCUCUCACUUUCAGGGUAUUCCAUUAUUGAACAUGCUAUGGUGCUUACAUGUGCCAACUCGUCAAGAGAAUAUUUGAUUACCCUGAACAUGAGUGGAAUACUAAUCAGCAUGUGAAGGCCAUGUGUAUAUAAUCUAUGCUUUCUCUCUCACUCUGCAGUAUUUAGAGGACUGUUCUGCACAAAUUAAAUUCAUAGGACAAUAUUUAUAUUCUAAAAACAGCACUUAUUUAAAGAGAUCAACGAGAAGAACUCAAAUGUACGGUGGCCCUGAGAGCUCACAGCACCGCAAAUUAAGAAAACAUCUUCAUCAAUUUGUGCAGCAUUUAGAAAACACGCUGCGUGUCCAGACAUGUG